CGGGAUUCGGACGGGAGACGGAAUCAUGAUGCGGCCUGCGCCUGUUUUCAGCAGCGCCUGCACCACUCUCACACGACCGGCCCCCGACUGCUCUGCCCACCAAAGCCUCUCCUUUCGAGCCCUGUAGAUCGACUGCCCCGCCAGGCGCCCCAGCUCCGCCCGCGACGCCGUUUCCCCCUAAUCUCCCUGUUCCGCGGCAUCCGACCGAGUGCGCAGCUUCAUUGCCCUCUGCCCUACACCCGUCAUACAUCGCGACCACCACCGCACCUUCACCGACACACUGCAUAGCCCGCCAACACACCACACCGCCGCCAUGGCGAGCAACGUCACCACACACGGCCUGCCUGCGCUGCCCGAAUACACGCUCACGCCGCUCACGCCGCUCGUCUCCUGGGCGUCGGACGCGACCAUCCAGACAGCCCUGCCAAUCAUCGCAUACUGGGGCGUCUCCCUCCUGUUCCACGUAAUCGAUGUCUACGACCUCUUCGCCAAGUACCGCCUGCACACGCCCGCCGAGGUCCUCAAGCGCAACCAUGUCACGCGAUGGGAGGUGUUCCGAGACGUAGUUCUACAGCAGGUCAUCCAGUCGGCCGCCAUGUUGGGCCUCUCAUACUACGACGAUGCGCCCACUACCGGCACAGCAGAGUACGACGUGGCCUGGUACGCUCAGAACCUGCGUGUCGCCCAGCGUGCUGUCCCUUUCGUCCUCUCUCUCGCUGGAUUCGACCCGACCGCGCUGGCCUCCAAGCUGUCUGCAGCACAGCCCACCUUGGCAGCCGUCAUUGCCGGCGGACAGUACCCUGGGCUGACUGCAUUCGCUUCGUGGGAGCUCAAUGUAGCCAAUUUCCUGUACUGGUACGCCGUGCCUGCGCUCCAGUUCAUGGCUGCCAUCGUCAUCAUCGACGCCUGGGAGUACAUGCUGCACCGCGCGAUGCACAUGAACAAAUGGCUCUACGUGACCUUCCACUCACGCCACCACCGCCUCUACGUCCCCUACGCGUACGGCGCUCUAUACAACCACCCACUCGAGGGCUUCGCUCUCGACACACUGGGCGGCGGCCUUGGAUACCUGCUCACAGGAAUGUCAAUGCGCCAGUCCAUGUGGUUCUUCACCGGAUCAACCAUCAAGACCGUGCUUGAUCACAGCGGUUACGAGUUUCCAUACGACCCACUCCACUUCAUCUUCCCCAACAACGCGGCCUACCACGACAUCCACCACCAGAGUUGGGGCAUCAAGACCAACUUCUCGCAACCCUUUUUCGUCUACCUCGACCGCAUUGGCGGGACCAUGUACAAGGGCGACACAGCAUCAAAGUACGAGCGUGCACGUCGCACUGCGCAGGAAAAGUUUGACCAAGAGAAGGAGAACGAGCUCAACGCAGUCUUGGCAGACGCUGCUACAAGCGACGAGAGUCUGCGGGCGCAGGGCGCCUCGACACCACGCAUUUCACGGAAGAAAGCACUAAGCAUCUCGUCCUCGGCAGGAAACUUCAAAGACCUGACAAACAAAGUCAAUCAGAAUCUGCACGGCAGAGGAGCUGGCGUCCUCCGGGCUGAGAGCUCACGUUAACGCGGCAUUCCCUCGCCUUUCUGCAUACAUGCAUUUGCGAUACCUAAUGUAUAGUUCCGGUACACAAUCUUCGCCUUCAACUGUAUUACUUCGUUUAACAUUUCUUCAACAUCUUUCUUGCCCGGCGUGGCAUUUUUAGCCCAUUUUACUUGAUGGCUAGAAACUCUUCAUUCGCUUCAUGGGUUUUAUGAGGUCUGGAUUGGCGCAUGGGCGAUUGGAUCACAAUACUCAAUCGAAUCUGUUCUUAGUAUAUGCUCAUGUGUGGAUCUUUUGCGAUUGAACUGGAUGAAACCAUGCUGAUCGGAACUAGAGCGUCUAUUCGA